AUGCAAGAAGAUUGGAAACCAAAGCUUAAAAUGAUUUUUGAUAAUAUUGAAGAUGCUUGGAAAUUUUGGGUUGAUUAUGGUGGAAAAGUUGGAUUUGGAGUGAGGAAACAAAAUUCACACAAGAACAAAAAUGGUACAGUUACUUCGUACAAGUUUGCUUGUUAUAAAGAAGGUUUGCAAAAAUCAAAUAAACGAGAUUAUAAGACUAUAAAUCCAAGGCCAAAGACUAGGACAAAUUGUCAAUCAAGGUUGGGCAUAAAGAAUAUGGAUGAAAAUUUUAUGGUUGUUGAUUUUAUGGAGGAGCAUAACCAUGUUUUACAUCUACCAGAAACAAAUCAUAUGUUGGCAUCUCAAAGAAAAAUAUCUCAAUUUCAGUGCCAACAAAUUGAUCUAGUAGAUGGUGAUGGAAUACAACAAAGAAAAUCAUUUGAUUUAAUGAGUAAGGAAGUGGGCGGUAGAACUAAUUUUGGAUUUACUCGUCUUGAUCAAAAGAAUUAUCUCCUGAAAAAAGGGAGAGGAGUGUGA